AUCCUUCCUGUUCUGUUUGACCUCCUGAUGCCCCGGAGAAGAGCUCUAGCUCUGGCUGCAGACAGCAGAGCCCUGCUGUGCCCCACAGUCUUUGCUGCUUUGUUGACUCUGACAUGGACCCACAGUUCAUCUAGCAGCACGUCCAGGGCUCCCCAGCAGCACACACCUAUGUGACCCUCUGUCACGGUCAGCCUCCUUGCAAUGUCAGAUUUCCAAAAGGUAAAAAACACUGAAAGCUUUGGUAUUUGAAACCUGAUGGAAGGUUCCACCUCCAUCUCAAGGACACCUCCUGGAGAAGAGGCUCCUUGCUUUGAACUAGGAGUCUAGUGAAUCUGACUACUUCCAAAUGAUGCAUUUAAAGUUUCUAUAGAUUUGGGUAGCUUAGGAUGGGUGUUGAUGAGAGUCACUUUCACGUUGAGCAUGUGAUGGAUUCUGAGUCAGACAGACUACAUCUAUGAAUCAGUGUUGCACCAGUUCCAAAAUAGCUGAUAAAUAUGUUAAGCUUGCUAAGAAGACUGGGAGUGUGGAGGGAGCUGGGGUUUGGGUACAUGGUGGUGGUGUGAGUCAACACUGGCUUUUCUCAGUGUCACCACAAACACAUGAGGUGGGCAUGAUGGGACAAGCCUAAGCCUGGGACAAAACUUGUCUUGAAAAGCAUCAGUAAAGUGACCAAAGAUUUUUCAAAUCUGAGGAUGCAAAAUUACUCUGCUGUGUCCAGAGAAAUUGAGAGAGUUACUGUGGGAACUUUAGUGACUUGGGGGAUCAGAUCCAAGGGUCAGUGAAGAAAAGUCUGAAAUGGGUGGAAUAUCCAUCCCUUGCUAGAAUUUGCAGCAGGGCUCAUUUUUAUUCUUGCAGAUUAUGCUUGCCAAGUUUUUCUUGAUGAAGUACUCACAGGCUGACAGCUUGAGGAGAACCCAAAUUCAGUCAAAAUCAGAAGACUGUCCUGAUGGCUGAUGCACAGGUCUGGGGAGAUCAUGGGAAACACCACCACAUGUGAUUCAGCUGAGGGAGCAGAGCAAAGCCGUUCCUCAGCUCCUGCAGCAUGCAGUUACUGCAUAAACAUUGAGAACGAUGCAGUUUUGAGAAACCAGGGACACGCCCUGGUUUGCUCAGUGAAAAGCAGCCCUCUACGAUCCUGCACACAGAGUGCCCAGCGACUAGCGGCUCAGAGGUGAUUCCCUGCAUGUGUGGGUGCUCUGAAGACCUUUGCAGAAAUGCCACCUUUACUCCCAGGGCUGGGCUUCCUCCUUUUGCUUGGCUGGCAGGGAGCUGCUGCAACUUCUGCUGGGACAUACCUGUGCUCCAGCUCCCCUGUCAACGAAUCUGCCAUGUGUGCUUCAGUGAAAAGUGUCAGCCAGGAGAUGCUUCUCAAGAUAGCCCGUGGCCAAGCUUCCCCCUGCAGCCUCACUUUUAGUCAAUACGCCUGCGCAAAGAGUACUUGGCUCCAGGACCUUCAGGAUGAUUUCCUCAUAUCCUUAUAUUCUUGCCUUACCCCUAAACCUGCCAGUGCUGUGGAUCCAGAAUACUCUGUUCUGUUCUUUUCCAAAUAUAAUGCCAAGAAGCUUGUAGCUGCUCUGACUAUGUUCAGCCAGCGGUUUUCUCAUGUGCCUCUUUCUCUCGAGUGGAACAUGAUCUUCAUCAAUGGCCUGUGGGAGAGGAUGCUGCAAGUACCUGACAUUGGCAGCCCACCCGUUCUGUCUCAGUGGGUCCAUGAGGGGCUUCAGCCAUUCCUGGUCGAGCCCAAGGUCUUUGCUUGCCUCCAUGCCAAAAACGUGUUGUGCGAGACAUUUUUGAUGAUAGUUUCUGCCCUGAAUGGCAUAUAUUCUGACCUUCCAGUGGGAGAACAGAGGAAUCUUUAUGCUGGGAUCAAAUAUUACCUCAUCCAGGAUGGAUCAAAGCAGAAAUGCUACAGUGCAGCUGUUCCGGGUCUGAAUUCGACUGCUUGGUUUCAAAACUAUCUUGGAUCAUUUUUGGAGCAUGCUACUGUUGGAGACCUGCAGCUUUUUGCUGAUGAACCAACGCUUCAAAAAUUUGCCAGAGAUCCAGUCAAUAUGGAAAUGAUCAGCAACCUCACCUUGCUCCGGGAGACAGCUGUGUACUAUACCUGGCUACUGACCUCUGGGCCUGGUUUCUCCUUAUCGAGUCUCCCAGACAGAUUUGUUUGCUACCUGAGGCCCUCAGCAGUGAGCAACCUGAGCAGAGAUGACGCUUUGAGCUUGGCCCAGAGGAUCAGCAAGAACUGCCCGUUGAACUCGACACACAGAGGAAUAACUAGAAAGAGAGCUCCCUCCUCCCUGACAACAGAGGAACUGCAGGUUGCAUCCUCGUUGGUGAGAAAGUUUGAGCGUUUCCCUCCUGCAAUCCUGCGUGCAUUGGGCCAGGCUGCAGUUGGUCUGUCCAUAUCUGACAUUAACAGCAUCAGUGAUAAAGACCUUGAAGCAUCAAUUCCUGCCCUGGGGGAAGUUCGUGGAUGGAGCCCUGAGCAGUCCAGUGCUAUUAUCAACAAACUGCUCAGCUCUGGCUAUCAGAUCCCAGAUGGACAGAGCCUGGCAAAGCUAGGGAGCUUGGUGGCUGGUCUCAACAGCAGCACACUUCGAAGUCUGUCUUCAGAAGUGAUCUUGGAAGCCAUUAAGUUGCCUGAGUUUGUCCAGCGAAUGGUGACCCUGCCCUCUGCUCUGAAAAUGACAUUUGUGGAAAAGAUUUCCUCCAGUGUAGGCCACCCUGGUGACCUGGUGAAAUAUAUCCCUGAUGCUCUGGCCAGUUACAUUCCAAAAUCAUUGCUUGUUUUUGGGGAAGAGAAGCCCAAUAUUCAGGAUCUCAACAGUAAAACGUGGACCAGAGAACAGGCUGCCAUGUUUUUCAGUGAUGUGAUAAAGGCAGAACCUGACUUCAGCAGGCUUUCCCAGUCAGUCCUCCAAGGCUUCACAUGUGCAGCUAAGAUGGAAGAAGACAGAUUUCAGGAGCUGGCCAAAGUCAUGACGAGGAAGAAUGUUAAGCUAGGAGAAGACCAGCUGAGUUGCUUAGUGAAGAUGGUGACGCUGCAUGGGAUUCCUGAGGAUUUAGAUAGCUAUCCUAAAGACCUGUUGCUGUUUUUAAGUCCUUCAGACUAUGCAGCGACAGGAAGCUGUAGGCAGUACUUUGCUAAUCUUGGGAAAGCAAAUCUUGACAUUCUGCAAAGAGAAUCAUCUCAGCGGAAACAGCUGCUCUUGGGAGCUUUAGCAUGUCUGAAAAUUCCUGGCACAGAAGUGAAUGAGGAAGACGCAGAGAUUCUGGGACGUCUGGUCUGUGACCUGGGUGGAGAAUACAUCAGAAAUUCUGGUGGGAAUUUGCUGAAGCGAUUAAGUCAGUGCGACUCUUUCCUGCCUGAUCAAGAAGAGGCGAUUAGGAGUGUCAUCAGCAGUGGUAACACUACAUUUGGGCCUCCUGUAACAUGGUCAGCUUUUACCUUGAAUGAGCUCAGUGGAUUGAUUCCUCUGUUUGAUCACAGCAUCUUUCAGAAGAUCCCCAAGGAUGCUUUAACUCAUUGGCUGAAAAACUUUGCACACGAUUCACCUCUGUCGAGGGAACAGCUGGCCACUGUUGUUGAAGAACUCCUGCCUACUAGGCAUAAGCGUGCUGAUGGUUGCCCGCCUGACAAGCAGGUAACAGAGAUGGUUCUUAACAAUGAAUUGAUGCCUGUUUACUACGAUCCUGAGGAGUUACGUGCUUGCCUGAAGAAUGUCUCUUUGGAGAAUCAUCUCUCUCGGAUACUGACCUACGCUUUCAGUGUUCAGCAAUUAGCUGUGUUGAAGGAGAAUCUGGAUGAGACGUAUCCUGAUGGGUAUCCUGAAAGUCUGCUCCCCAAACUGGGCCCCCUUGUUUCUGUCAUCACCCCUGAGGAUAUUUCCAAAUGGAGGAUAACUUCAGCUGACACGCUGGCUGACUUGCUAAAAAAUCAGCCCCCUGAUGAGCAGGCUUCUGCAAUAAUUAAACAAUACAUUGAUUUGGGAAAUGCCUUGAAUGCCUCUGCCCUGAAUGCGAUCGGUACGAAAUACGUGUGCCUUCUAAACGUGACUGAGUUGAACAUGAUAGACCCCAGCAGCCUAAAAUUGGCAUCUCUGAAUCCUUCAGCCUGUUCACAGCAUGCGAAGGACAUCUUAUAUGCUAAAGCAAAACGUGCUUUCUCAGACCAGCGCUAUUUACCUGCUUACUAUGAGCUUAUUGAACCAUAUCUGGGGGGAGCUCCUGGUGAGGAUCUCAAAGCUCUAAGCAAGGACAACGUGAACAUGACAGUUAAUACUUUGCAGAAUUUAAGAAGAGACUCUUUGCUGAGCCUGACACCUUCUGAGGUUCAGGGCUUGAUGGGGAUAAUAAAUCUUCAUGAUCUGAAGAAAUGGCAGCACCAGUCUCCCAUCCGGGAGUGGGUCCAAACACAGAAACAAUCAGAGCUGAAUAAACUGGGUGUUGGGCUCACUGGGGGAACACAAGAAGGCUACAUCAACAUCGUCCCACCAAAAUUUCAGUCACCGUCCUCAGCCUCUCUGGGUGCUGUGGCCAUGACACUCCACCUCCUGCCUCCUCUGCUUAUCACUUUCCUGAUGAUGUCGGUCUUGUCUUGAAAAUCUUCCCUCAAGACAAAGCAAGAUGAGGAGGAUCAGCAUCUGACCUGGACGACGAUGCCUGGGGGGGUGAGGAGGUGCUCAGUGCUAGCAGGCAACUGUUGUGUAGCCCAGGGUUCACUUUUAGGUACUUUUGUCUUUCAAAUCACU